GCGCCUCGGCGGUUAUAAAACUCGCGUAGGGGGACGAUACAGGCCGAUUGAUACCUGAAGAGUCGCUCUCCCUCUCCCUCGUCCACGCUCGUGCACGUCUCACCUGCGCGCGUGCCUGAGCCCCUCCAGGUCUGGAGUCGUGACCAUGUCCACCUCAGCCAGUUCCAAGCUGAACAAGGUCGUCAAGCGCCAGUACUUGGACCUCCCCCAGGGAUCCCGGGUCCAGGCCAUGUACAUCUGGAUCGACGGCUCCGGAGAGGGUCUCCGCUGCAAGACCAGAACUCUGGACUCAGAACCCAAAACUGUUCAAGAUCUUCCGGAGUGGAACUUUGACGGCUCCAGCACGUACCAGUCGGAGGGCUCCAACAGCGACAUGUUCCUGGUCCCGGCCGCCAUGUUCAGAGACCCCUUCAGGAAGGACCCCAACAAGCUGGUCCUCUGCGAGGUGCUGAAGUACAACCGCCAGGCCGCAGAGAGCAACCUGCGGGGGAGCUGCAGGCGCGUGAUGAGCAGGGUAGCCAGCGAGCAGCCCUGGUUUGGGAUGGAGCAGGAGUACACCCUGCUGGGCACGGACGGACACCCCUUCGGAUGGCCCAAGAACGGCUUCCCGGGCCCGCAAGGUCCGUACUACUGCGGCGUGGGCGCCGACAAGGCGUACGGGCGCGACAUCGUGGAGGCUCACUACCGAGCGUGUCUCUACGCCGAGGUCCAGAUCUGCGGCACCAACGCUGAAGUCAUGCCCGCCCAGUGGGAGUUCCAGGUGGGGCCGUGUGAGGGCAUCCACAUGGGCGACCAUCUGUGGGCGGCACGCUUCAUCCUGCACAGAGUCUGCGAGGACUUUGGCGUGGUCGUCUCCUUCGAUCCCAAACCCAUCCCGGGAAACUGGAACGGUGCCGGCUGCCACACCAACUUCAGCACCAAGGACAUGCGCCGGGAAGGCGGGCUCAAAGUCAUCGAGGACGCCAUCGAGCGGCUGGCCAGGCGACACCGCUACCACAUCUGCGCCUACGACCCCAAAGGCGGGCUGGACAACGCCCGGCGCCUGACGGGACAACACGAGACCUCCAACAUCGAGCAGUUCUCGGUGGGCGUGGCCAACCGCGGCGCCAGCAUCCGCAUCCCGCGCAGUGUGGGCCAGGACAAGAAGGGCUACUUCGAGGACCGCCGGCCCUCCGCCAACUGUGACCCGUACAGCGUGACCGAGGCGCUGGUGCGCACCUGUUUGCUGAAGGAGGAGGGGGAGGAGCCUGUGGACUACAGCCAAUGACACGCCCAUGAUCAUGUCACCUGUUGCCACUUUUCUGCCCUAAUAAACUUUCAUUUCUAUUAA